GUCGUCUACCAAGCUGCGUGCUGUACAGUUUGAUUGAACAAUGGAGCCAUCAACACUGGUAUUCCUCAUUCUUGUGGUGACUGCUGCCAGUGACGUGCAGGCUGUUCGCAAGCGUGGGACCUUGGCUAAACGGGUGAGAGAGGUGGAAAUGGAUAUCAUCGCUUGGAAAGGUACAGUUGUUAAUCUUGAGCGUAAAACUUUUGACCGCUUUAAAGAUUUGGAUUCGUCACUAAAAGAAGAACUGACCAGAACUGUCGUCCCUGCCCUAAUAACGCCACUCGUCAAACAAGCCUUUACCGACAUCAUGAAUGAAGAUUACAUCGGGAACAUGAUCAACGGGCAUGUUCUCGAGGAGGUUCAAAGUUUGAAAACCAAACUACAAUACACAAAGAUAGAAAUCAAGGCACUGGCACAAAGGUUGAGAAGUGUUGAACAGGAAAGCGACACAUGCAGGAAAAGUCUCGGAAAAAUACGUAGAAAGUUUACAGAGAACAUCCGUGUAUUACAGCUGCAAGUGAACCAGACAGUAGCUGACCUGCGUGAUGCCAGAACCUCCACGUAUCCUGGAACUACAGCAGCCUCGACUGGCCCGACCCAGAACAACACGGUUCCACCAGCGCCAGUGACGACACAAGACUCUGAUCUACAGGCCUCGACCACCGACGUGAGUGAUGAUCUGACACCGAGCAAGACGGUUCCACCAUCGCCAGUGACGACACAAGACUCCCACGCGACUCCAUCACCAGCAGCAGACCGCCGCCUCUACUCCGCCAGCAAGGCCGGUGACCUGGAGACAGUGAAGCGGAUACUGUCAGCGGGUCCCGUGGAAAUCAACACGAGAGGAUGGAACAGCCUGACACCGGUGAUGGUGGCAGCAUGGAGGGGACACAGCGAUGUGGUGGAGUUCCUGGUGGGUAGAGGGGCUGAUGUGUCACUGGUGGACAGGGACGGUAACAACGUCCUUCACUCGGCCUGUGAUGGUGGAGACCUGGAGAUCGUGAAGCUGAUCGUGUCCAUGAACGUGGUGGACAUCAACAGUAGAGGAUGGAGGAGCAGGACACCGGUGAUGGCGGCAGCACGGAGGGGACACAGUGAUGUGGUGGAGUUCCUGGUGGGAAGAGGGGUUAAUGUGUCGUUGGUGGACAGGGACGGUAACAACGUCCUUCACUCGACCUGUUAUGGUGGAGACCUGGAGACAGUGAAGCUGAUCGUGUCCAUGAACGUGGUGGACAUCAACAGUAGAGGAGAGUACAGCACGACACCGGUUAUGGUGGCAGCAUAUAAUGGACACAGCGAUGUGGUGGAGUUUCUGGUGUGUAGAAGGGCUAAUGUGUCGCUGGUGGACGGGUUCGGUAACAACAUCCUUCACUGGGCCUGUGAUGGUGGAGACCUGGAGACCAUGAAGCUGAUCGCGUGUCCAUGAACGGUGGUGGACAACGCCAGGAACA